AUCCAAAGUCGACAUAUCGUCAAUCACUUUUUACACCUUGUAGAAUGUAGAAUAGACACUUUUUGAUAUACUAUUUAAUACGGACUAUGGUUAACCAUCGAACAAUGGGGUGUCCUUCCUUCGUAUUGGCCAUGCUAUACAUUAGUAUAACUGUAGCAUCAAUUUCAGCAAAUUACGACAUCAGUCACGUCUUCGGAGACGAGUUUAACUACUAUUUUAGAAAUUUCGACAUCGUUUUUGGCGUGCUGAAUGGAGAAAGCGGUGGCUCUGAUUUUUGGACGGGGACAACAAGCGGCCGAGAAAUGGCGCACUACCCAAUUAAUUCUUCAGAGGAAGUAAUAAAUCCUCAAUCUCAAGCCCGUAAAGAAGACGAAUCUUUAAAAUCUUCGGAGAAGGAUCAGUCUGGAAAGAGCACGUUUUGGAACCAUAUCAAAAAUGAGAAAACGCUUAAAAAUGUGACUGUCGCAAUUAUGAUUAAUCUGAGCCAGUUGGGAUCCUUGGAGUCUGUUUUAGAUAACAUUCGUCGCAUUCUUUCCGAAAUAGGGGAUCGGCACGAAACAAACUUGAAACCCUAUUUCGUCAUCGCUUGGCAAAAUCCUCUCACUGAGAAGGAAGAGGGGGAAGUAAUUUCGAAAAAACCAGGCGUGACUGCCGGAUUUGACAUUGACAGUGAUGUAUACUUUACGUUUCUGAAGUGUGUUGAUCCAAAAAUUAAUGCGAAGAUUUCCAACAAUGCGUCUGAACAAAAUCAGACUCAAAAAAGUACUACGAGUCGUGGUCCCUUUAUCGUACAAAUUCCUACAAAUAUCACCACUUGUAGCUCGGAACUUGCAGAAAUUCGGAUUGUAGAAUUUUAUUCGAUAAAGAAUGCGUCCUUCAUUGAGCUCGUUGAUCUUCAGCGGGGAUUGACCCUGGUUCAGAAAGUUAUUCGAAGAUCCAACUUUAAAGCAGCUCCUUUGUCGACGGUAGCAGGUACAUAAAUUUACGUUACUUUACUAAAUAAGAAUGGUUGUCAGAUAUACGAAUUAUAAUCAAAAAUUCUCAAUUAUAUUUCAUGGCUGGACUUUCUCCGCUGACUUUGCUGUUGACCAAUGUCUGUCAGCGCACGGAUAUCCAUUUAGAGCCAAGUUUAGUCCGAAAAACGAUUCAUUUGAAAGUGGCUACGAAGCCGACCAAGUCAAGUUUCUGGGAGAAUCGUUCAAUCUUUCAAUCGUGGUCAGCGUUGGUACUGGAUGGUUGGCUCUACGAAAUAAUACUUUAUCAGGGAUGGGACAACAGAUUAUCUCUGGUGAAGCAGACAUUUCCAUAUCUGCAUCUGAAGUGCUGCCUUAUCGGGCUCGAUAUAUUCAGUUUUUGCAUCCAACAUAUUACACAAACUUGUGGGGCUUCUUCGUUCAACCACCGUCAAGUUCCUUCCGAGACAUUUUCAUCAAUGCAUUCACCCGUGAUCUCUGGCUCACAAUGUUGUCCACGUGGAUUCUCAUUGUGCUUGCCAUGUUUGCAUUGUCCAUUGUGAAGCGACGACUCCAAACGAUGCAUGAAAAUGAUUCGAUAUUAAUUCAGGAGCUAAUUAUUUGGGCGGCAGGUGCAAUAUGUCAGCAAGGCUGGCACGUGUGUCCGGAGUCCACCUGCAUGAAAAUCAUUUUCAUCUUCGCCCUUAUCACCGGUUUAGUUUCAUAUGUUGCCUACUCUGCCGCCCUGGUCUCCAUUUUAUCGGUGAAAGUAAUGCCGAUCAGAAAUUUGGAUGACAUCGUGAAUCGCGGGUACACUAUUUUUCAGGAUAAUCAAACCAUCAACGCGAUGUAUGUUAUCCAGAAAUUAGAAUCGGAAGGAGUAAUUCCAUGCAUCCCGCAAGAAAAAAGGUCGAUAAGGUCCGAGGUCGCUCUCCCCAAAGUGCUCUCUCCCAACGAACAAUCCGCCUUCAUCGGAGCGUCGGACUUCUUCUAUCCAGUGGCGAAAGAAAAAAUGAACGAUACCGCGAUUUGUAAUUCCAUUUCUCGCGUUCCUAUCGGGGGGCGACCAAUUCGAGGAGGCAGUUUCAUUCGUAAAGGGUCACCUUUCAAGGACUUUUUUAAUCAUCGACUUCUCAUAAUGUAUGAACGUGGAAUAAGGUACAGACUGUUAGAGACAUAUUUUCGGCAAUCGGCUGUCAUGUGUUUGGAAAAGACGGGAUCGACAAAGGACCCACUAGGAUUUAACGACGUAUAUACGGCCUUCAUCAUUCUUAUCUUGGGCUAUUGUCUCAGCCUCUUCAUCCUUGUCCUGGAACGGAUCUUUCCCCCGACACCUGGAGGCAACAUCCUUUUCCUCUGCUCCAAAGCCAUCUUGGCGAGCAUUGGAUUUAAUACGAGCAGAAGUACUGGAGGUGGUGACCCCAUUUCGGGUAAAGAACCCGUUGUUACUACAACUGGUGGAUAUUAUGGAAAGUUUUAAAAACUAGAGUACUUAAUUAAAUUAAUAAUUUAACUGCAUUUGCAAUUUUGGUUGGGAAAUAAAGCAUGCAAGAUAUACAUAAAUUGGUAAACUUGAAUUUCAUGAAGCUGUGUCAUUCAUAAA